AUGGCAACGCCGGUGGAUGAGGUGGUGCAGGCGAGCGCCGUGGAGGGGAAGAAGGACGAGAAAAAGGAGGUGAAGUGGCUGAAGCACUAUUCCUCGGAGCAGAGCAUACUGACCGUCGGCGACGGCGAUUUCUCCUUCUCGCUGGCGCUCGCCACCGCCUUCGGCUCCGGCGAGAACCUUGUCGCUACGUCCGUAAACUCCUAUGAUUAUCUGGCCGUCUCAUAUAGCAACGCAGAACCAAAUAUAACGGAGCUGAAAAGGAUGGGUGCCAGAGUUUUGCAUGAUGUCGACGCGACAGAGAUGAAGAGCCACGCCUAUCUGAAACUUGAUCAGUUCGAUCGGAUUGUCUUCAAUUUUCCUCAUGCUGGGUUCGCAGGACGUGAGACCAUGUCCCAUGUGAUCAGCUCGCACAAGGACCACUUGCGGGCUUUUUUCCGCAAUGCUGGUGGCCUGCUUCGUGCCGAUGGUGAAAUCCACGUCAGCCACAAGACAGGGCAUCCUUACGACAGGUGGGAGAUCGAACAACUAGCCUCUGAGUCUUCUCUUGUUAUGUUUAAGAAAGAACCUUUCUGGCAAUUUGAGUACCCUGGUUACAACCAAAAGAGGGGAGCUGGUGCAAGGUGCGAUAAAAAUUUCCCUAUAUCUGGUAGCGUCACUUACAAGUUCAGCAUGGAACGCAAUGAAGACGAUGAAAGUGCACCGAUUCAUCUCACUGUUGCAUUGGAUUUAAUGAAGCUUGAGGCUGUAACCAGCUCUGCCUAG